GGCAGUGUCCUCUCUACAUCGUUCGCCACUCCUCUAUCCCCGACCCCGACCCUAUCUGGUUCUGGAACCAUCUUCUGACGUGGACGCGUUCAUAAUUUAAUCCCUCAUCCACCCUGCUCCCAACAAUUCUUGUGCUAUUCCUGUAUUCCAUUCAUCCCAUCGAACCAGUUCCUCUCCGAUCUCGAGCUUUCUUGCUCCCUCCAAGCCGCGAGUUCCAAUGGCUGACUUCUUCUUCGGGAGCCCGUUCCGGCGCCGCUUCUUCCACGCGCGGCCCUUCCCGGCCGUGGAGUGGUCCUCCUCCGGCGCGGCGGCCAUGGACUGGGUGGAGACCCCGGCCGCCCACGUGCUCCGCAUCAACGUGCCGGGGCUCGGCAAGGACGACGUCAAGGUCCAGGUCGAGGAAGGGAACGUGCUCACCGUCCGGGGCGACCCGCCCGCGGGGAAGGACAAGGGCGACGGGGAGCACGGGGACGGGGCGGUGUGGCACGUGGCGGAGCGCGGGAAGACGGAGUUCGCGCGCGCGGUGGCGCUGCCGGAGGACGUGCGGGUGGACCGGAUCAGGGCCGGCGUGGAGAACGGGGUGCUCACCGUCGUGGUGCCCAAGGAGCCCGCCACGGCCCGGCCCAAGCCCAGGCCCAUCGCUGUCCACAGCAAGCUCUGAGCUCGGCUGCCAUGGAGUAGCGACGGCGGUGUUGCUGCCGAUCGACGGCGUGCAGAAUGCUUCAAAUGCAGCAGCUGCGAUGUGACAUAUACGAUGGGAGUUUGUAAAGGAGUUGUCAAAUAGCCGCGAGCCGACGAGGCUUCGGUUGAAUAAUAAUACGACUUGACGCUGAACCUUAAUAUGCUAUUCUAGAUUUAUACUAGUAUAAAUAAAUAAAAUGAUAUGUAUAUAUUUCUCCUGUGUGUCUAUUGCUAAAACAGAGUCACAUAUAGGGUUGCAACCUUUUUGUAAAUAGAAAAAAAAUAAAAGUUGCAAUUAUAUGCUAUGG